AUGAGUCCACAGAGUCUGAGUUCCAUCCAAGAACUCAUCCGAUGCAAGGAGAGAACCAACUACCGCAAGGUCUGCAGGGAGGAGACCGCCCAGCGCCGAGGACUUUGGGGUGGAGGCGCAGAGACCCCACCCCACAGCCCCACGGCCGCGCCCGCUCGCCCGCCCGCCCGCCCGUCCGGCGCCAAGCGUCCUCGCGACCCGGGCAGCCCCGCAGUCCCGGCCGGGAGGCGCCGAGAGCCCGGAGCAGCCGGAGCGCGACUGACCCGCCGCCCCGGGCCCGCGCCCGCGCCCCGGCGCUGUCCCAGGCGCCCGCUCCGCAGUAGGCCCGGCCCGGCGCUGUCAGGGGCAGCCGGCCGCUCCCCGUGUCCCGCCCGCCGGCCCCGCGCGGGCAGCGGCUCCGAGGCCCCGACGCCCCGGGCCGUGGCACCCCGGAAAGCGGCCGCGGCGCCUCCCAGGGCCCCGACCCCUCAGGCCUCGCCCCGGCCCCGGCGGCUCGCGCCUGUCAGGACGUGCGGGCCUCCCCUUACCGACGGCCGGCCGGACCCCCCGACAGGCAGGAAGGCAGAGGACCGUCACACGGGCGCCCCUGUGCCGCUCCCGCCCCAGGCUGCCGUCCGGAGCCCCGACUCCACCAUCCCCGCUCACCUCCUUCCUCCUCCUCGUCCUCCGCUCCCCGAGCGACGCUCCCCUGCCACCGCCCCCCCGCCCCUCCCCCACUCGCCCCGCCCCUCCACACACUCCGGCUCCAAUCGCCCCGCCCCAGCCCUCUUGAGCGAGCCUGGGCAUUCGCUAGGGAGGAGGGUUGGGCGGAGCCAGAGCGAAAGCAGCCACCCAAUCAGAGAGAAACAUUGGCUCCAGCUUCCCUGUCCCCGCCCUUUUCCUUUCCUCCGCGGCAGUGCGCGGUCUCCCGCCCACUGGGCGCCGCUGGCUAGCUCCGCCACAGAGAAAGCCUCCAGCCGGGUAGAGAAACAACUCCCAGUCGGAAGUUACGGCUGA